AAAUGUGCAAGGUGAUUUCUCUCGUACAGCAUAGAUGGCAGCACAAUACUGUAGCUGUCGUAUGCUCAUUGUUUAGUUUUUUCAACAAACUGAUGGUGUCGCUGUCGUUCGCUGAUGGUUACCGCAGACCAAAUUAGUGACCGAACGUAAUAAAUGAAAGUAGCAAAAGAUGAUGUAGCGAUAGUUUACAAGUUCGAAAAGUAAAAGGUUCAUGGCUCUAAUUAUUCGGGAAAGUGCCAAGUGCAGCGCCGCUUUUCGCACGAACGAAACGCACGUUAUGCUCAUUGCCUCUGCUGAGCAGUGGAUAUAAACUUCAUAUAACCACAACAUCAACAAAUACAUGGAGGGCAUAACUUCUUUCGAUAUAAAAUCACUGAAGAAUGUGAAGACGAGUGUCAGGACGCCAGAUGGCCGCCACUUUGUCGAGACUCGCGACUCGAAAGGAGAGCCACGCGUUGUAUCAUCGCCUCGUUUUGACGGCUCGAUGGGUUUCGUGCCUGACCUCAAACCAGAUCUUCAGGUGGGCGAAGUGAUCCCAGGACUUCACAUAGGUUCCCAGGACGCAGCUGCCGAUUGGUGCCUGCUCCAGUCGCUCGCUGUGACACAUGUCGUGAACGCGGUCGCCUCGACAGUGCCAAACUUCCACGAAGACCUCGGGCUGACUUACCUGGCUCUUGAACUGCUGGAUCUCCCGGACUUCACACUGACUCCUGCCACUAUCGGCACCGUGUGCGACUUCAUAGAUGGAGCGCUCUCUUCCGGCGGAUCCGUACUCGUGCACUGCAACGCAGGCGUGUCCAGAUCGUGUGCCCUCGUGCUGGCCUUUCUGAUACUGCGACGUGGAAUGGAUCUUCACGAGGCCCUGGAGAAAACGCGCACGGCCAGGCCUGCCGUUCGCCCGAACGAAGGCUUCCUCAGGCAGCUGGCAGAGCUGCAGAAAAGCAUGCUUGCCUCGUCUCCGCCCACGUCGUCUUGAUUGUCUCCGCUCGGGCGGAAGAGAUGGAGAGAGUGAUACAUGUGUGCUGACUGCUUUCGCUGGACUGUGUGUGUGCGCGUGUGUUGUGACGGACCGGCUAGUCGAUACCAAAGGGGCUGCAACUACCUUGAACACUUCUUGCGAAAUAGUGAAACAAUACUAAGUUACAUGAAAAAAGAAGUUCGAAAGCUUUAUUUAAAAUGGAGUCGAAUAAAAUAAUAAAUACCUUUAACGUAAUUUUGGCUUCCUAAAAUCGCAAAUGUGCGUUUUCUUUUUUUUUUCUUUUUUGUGUCCUUUACAAUGUGUUAAUAGGUUCUCAGAGACCGUACAGACCAGGGCUUCUGCGACAAGAAAUAGCGGACCUGUGCAAGCCUAAUUCCCCAUUU